AUGGAUUCAAUAGCGCUUCAAUCCAAAGAUCGCCGAGACCUCCUUGACAUUAUCGAUAAACUUCGCUCUAGAGGCAUCAGCAGAUAUGUUGACCUGCCAGAGAUCAUCGUCUGCGGUGACCAGUCAGCUUGGAAGAGUUCCGUCCUCGAGGCCAUCUCAGGAAUGUCCUUUCCCACCAAGGACAGCCUUUGUACACGGUUCGCAACGGAACUAGUCCUUCGUCGGGACGCCACUCCCGGAGUCAAGGUUUCUAUCAACCCUGGUCCCGAGAGAUCUGGGAAUGAAAGGGAGCGACUCUCUCGUUUCCAUCCUGAAAUUGAUAUCGCCAACCCCAACCUCGGAAGCGUCGUCGACGGGGCCAAGGAGGCGAUGGGACUGUCUGACGCCAAAGUGUUUAGCACUGACACUCUUCGCGUGGAGCUCUGCGGACCGGCUCAACCGCACCUCACUAUGGUCGACCUUCCAGGUCUCUUCCGGGCGGGGAACAGAGAGCAGUCAAUCGAUGACGCUGCGGCCGUCAGAAAGAUGGUCCGCGGCUACAUGAAAAGACCCCGAAGCAUUAUCCUGGCUGUCGUUUCUGCGAAGAGCGAAUUUUCCCUUCAGGAUGUGACCGAAUUGGCUCGUGAACUUGAUCCAAAAGGAAUACGCACCUUAGGGCUUAUCACGAAGCCGGACUCCCUGGACGCCGGAUCCAACAGCGAGGCUUCAUAUCUUAAGAUGGCUCAAAAUAAGGAUGUGGUGUUUCGGCCUGGCUGGCACGUUCUCAAGAAUCGAAACUACGAGAUGAGGGACGCCUCUUCUGCCGAGCGUGAUGAAGCCGAGGAGAACUUCUUUGCAACCGGAAUCUGGACAUCCAUUGGUCGAACGAGCCUCAGGGUGAAAUCGUUGAAACCCCGACUGAGCAAUAUCUUGAAAGACCAGAUCUUGCGUCAGCUACCAAGCCUUCUUCAGGAUGUCGAAUCCGGACUUUCAGUCCUGAUGAAGGCCGCCGUGGACGGGAUAUACAAUGACCCUUUCUUCGGGAGCGCGAAAACCGAGGAGGGAUACCAGAAGCGCCUGCGAGCAGUUGCUCAGAACACCUUAACUGACUUCAGAGAGGACAUGCGGUUGAAGGGUCAAACUCGGGUCAUCAUUGAACCUUCAUUGAAGUGUCAGGUCCUCACAUCAGACGAGAUCUCCCGACCGGACUACAUCAACGAAGUCAGAGACCUAAUGUGGAGAAGCAGAGGCUGCGAGCUCCCGGGCACGUUCAACCCCCUUAUCAUUGGCGAGCUCUUCAUCGAGCAGUGCCAACCAUGGAGAGGCAUCGCCAUGGGUGCAAAGGACGUUAUCCUUCAAGCAGUCUAUCGGGCGACGAAGGUCAUCCUUGAUCACAUCGCUGUUGAUGAGACCGCAGAUGGUAUAUUCCAGGUCAUCAGCGGAGGGAUUGACACUCCGAAGAGUGGCCUCAAUGAGAAGGUGACCGAAUUGCUCGACCCAUAUUGCAACGGUCACCCCAUCACUUACAACCACUAUCUGACGGAUAACACUCUAAAAGAGUUUAUUGGGAUCGGCAGCAUUGAGGAGGGACGCGAACAUCGAGUAGUUCCGUUCAAACUCCUAACCCUGCUCGAGCAACGCAUCGAAGUCGACAUGGAACACUACGCAAGUGAUCUCGCUGUUGACUAUAUGCAGGCAUACUAUAAGGUUGCGUUGAAGAAGUUCAUCGACGACAUCAGCGUUCUCGCCAUCGAACACUGCCUUAUCCGAAAGUUACCGUCCUUGUUCAACCCGGAAAUGGUGUAUGAUCUGACAGAAGACGAAAUUACUCAUCUCGCGGCAGAGAGCGAGGAGACCGCUGCCGAGCGGGCGCGGUGUGCUGAGAAACUGGCUGUCCUUGACGCCGGAUUGCGCGAUCUCAAACGCCCGGCAAGCAUCGUUCCGUUACCCCAGGCGAGAGCCCAUCUUCGUUUGUGUCAUAAUUCGACCCGGUCAUCGACACCCGCUUCGAAUGGCUAUCCUGCGGAAACACCAGUCGCCGUUGAGGUGGCGUACGAGGAAUCCGAACAAGAGCCAGUGGUAGUGCCAGCGCCGGCACCUGCCAAAGAAGAGCUGGACGACUCCUGGGGUGCCUAUCUUGCCACAGAUAAAGCGAAGAAUUCGAAGAAAACUAAGGGCGGUUACGAGUUUCGAAGAUCCGCGUGGUCACUCAAUAAUGAGGUCUUGUGA